AUGACGUUCGCUGUUGGUACAGUGACCGGAUUGGAUCAGGAACUCGACUACAAGCGAAAAGGACCGGGCGAUAAGGAAGACGCCAUGGAGACCGACGCCCUGCGAGCGGACGGCGCGCCGCGCAAACGCAAGAGGGCCCGGAAAGUGAACUCGGAUCGGAAGUUUGAAUGUACACAUGAGGGCUGCGGCAAGAGCUAUUCGCGUGCCGAACAUCUCUACCGCCACCAACUGAAUCACACUCCCAAGCAGAUUUAUCGAUGCGACUUUCCGGACUGCUACCGGACAUUUGUACGACAAGAUCUCUGCGUUCGGCACCGCGAACGGCACACGACGCAAGGCUCUCAGCUUCAGAAACGGGACCACUUCGCGCAAGCAGCGUCGCAGAAUAAACAACAAAGCCAGCUGCCUCACAAUGUGGUCGAUACUACUGUUCCCCAGAUGGGCAGCACCCAGCAGCCGCCAAUCGUGCCUGCGACUACCAUUGAUUUGACGUCGGCGCGCUCCGCAACCACCUUCCCUGAAGGUGGGGUGGAGACUCUGACACCUCAGUCGGCCAAUGGAUCUAGCAAGCAUAUGUCAGUCUCGUCGUCGGCAUCGAUGUCGCUCGGCCGACCCCUCAACUACCAACCUUUGGUUACUCAGCAUGGUGUGGGGACACCAGACUCGACUGCAUCGAGGUCUAACAGCUUGAGCAACCAUAGCAUUAAUUCUCCUCCUGGUCAAGCAAAUGCUCCCUUCAGCCCUCCAGCCCUGCAAAAGCCAGCGACAAGACCUCAAGAUGCUACAGCAUAUUCCAUGUCAGCCGACGUCAACGGCUCUUCAGUAGUUCAGUCGCUGCCGUAUGGCUCUCCGACGGGCCUACACAUGUCUGUCGGUGGAUUUUCCGACCUUUCGAUGAAUACCGUGCCGCCCUCCACCCAGGCGUCGCUAGACAGAUCAACCAGCAUUACUGGAUUAGAUUCCCUGUCGGGGAUGAUUGCUUCCGCAGAUCCUGCAUUCGACCCAAUGGCCUCUUGCGUCUACCCGAUUUUCGGCGGCGAAACAUACAACAACCGCUCCCCCUUUGCGAUGGCCGAUGACUUCACCGCGUGGCUGUUCAAUGAACCUAUUCCGGGAUCGUCGUCCCUGGCCUAUCCUCCCACGGCUUCCAUGAUGCCGAACUAUCUGGAUCCCACACAGCUGCAGAAUCAGUUCCUCAUCAGCGAGCCAGCGUUCGGCAGUUUCCUGAAUGGCGUUCUUCCGCAACAUCCAAUGAGUGUCACCAGUAUCUUAGAUCCAGGUUCGCCCCAGGCGAUCAUGUCGGAGGAGAAGCGACAGGAGUUGCUGCAUCUCAUGGCCACUCGGUUCAAUGAAGCCGCCUAUUCAGCGGUGGCGAAGCGCAAGGAUGCUCUAAUGGACGGAGACGUCGACGAUGACAGCCAUGUUCUGAGCUUGCGCAUGAUGCAGACAUAUAUCGGUUCUUACUGGUAUCACUUCCACUCGCAGCUCCCCAUUCUGCACCAACCUACAUUUGUCGCGGAUAAGGCGCCAAAUCUACUUCUCUUGGCCGUCAUGGCCAUUGGUGCAGCCACCCUUGACAACAUCCAUGGUCAAGAGGUGACCGAGACGGCUGCGGAACUGGCCAACUUCAUAGGGUGGCAUCUGCGAUGGGAGAUUUUCAUGGAUGCGGAUUUCCGACCGCCUGCCAAGCUCUGGGUCUUCCAGGCCCUACUCCUGCUCGAGGUGUUUGAAAAGAUGUACUCGACUCGCGCAUUGCACGAGCGCGCGCAUAUCCAUCACGACACCACCCUGACGCUGAUGCGCCGCGGUAGCUCAUUGAUCGGCCGCUCCGCGCUCGACUCACCCGCAAGCUUCAGAGAUGACCGGCAGACCCGGUCCACGACAGGGUCUGCUUCGAAUUCGGAAUUCGCUGCUGACGAUUCCUGGACACACUGGAUCAAGGCAGAGGCCACCAGACGGGUUGCAUUUGCGGCCUUUGUGCUAGACUCAACGCAUGCCACUAUGUUCGGACAUUCGGCGAAGAUGGUGGCCCAUGAGCUCCGACUCCCGCUGCCCUGCGACGAAGGCUUGUGGUCCGCCACCAGUGCCGCCGAAGUUGCGCGCGUCCAAUCCAGCCUGCAUGCAAACGGUGUCAAGCCGACCAUGUUUCUGGACGGGCUCAAAAAGACGCUCAACGGACAGCGCGUUACCACAAAUGCCUUCGGGCGCACUAUCCUGAUGGCCGGUCUGCUUAGUGUCAGCUGGCACAUGAAUCAGCGCGACCUGCAAGUCAGCUCGCUGGGCGUUCCGCAGGCCCUCGGUGGCCGAGACAAAUGGCGAUCAGCGCUUCUGCGAGCUUUUGAUAACUGGCGGCGCGAUUUUGACGAGGCCCUGGCUCAGGUAGGACCUCCUCCGUUUCCUAACCAAUACCGGCGGCAUUCUCUCGAAGACGAGGGCGUUUCCGAAUCCCGGGACGUCUUGCACGGCCUGGCUCACAUGGCGUCACAUGUCGACAUUGUGGACUGUCAGAUAUUUGCAGGAGCGGGCCGACUCAUGGGGCGAUCGAUCACUCCACGGGACUAUAGCGCUGCCCGUGAGAAGAUGACCGAACGAUGGGCCACCAAGGCGUCAGCGCGAGACGCCACGUUUUAUGCUCUCAAGUUUCUCUCCGAAUGUCUUUUGAAUAACCGGAGUGUAUCCGAAGAAAGCGGAACCUACUCCGGACGCGAUGACUAUCUGCUCAACCGGCCAUGGGUCAUCUAUGUCGCAGUGCUGGUCGUUUGGUGCUAUGGAUAUGCGCUCGACGGGCCAAUCGCCUCGCCUCUGGCGCUGGAAACCGUAGCUGAACAGCGACGCGACAUGGAAGCCUUUCUCCGCCGGGUUGGCGGGGUGCGUGAGCCCAACGAGUUGGCGACGAUGAAGGGUCGCAACCAGUGUCUCGGCCUGUUGAUGAUUUUGCAAAAUAGCUUCGCGAACACUAGAUGGGAGCUACUCUCUGAAGCAUCCAACCUGUUGCAAAGUUGCAUCAACAAGCUGCGGAACCAGACGCAGCGGACGAGCUGA